AUGAGAGCCUACGGCGCGGCACUCGUUGCCGCCUGCUCCAUUGUGAGCAGUGGUGCAACGGACGUUUUGGAAGGACCUGAGUUCAUCGAUGUCCUCCUCCCAGAAGUUGCGCACGUGUUUGGAGUUACGUCCGCCCAUCACACGACACUAGAGGAAAUGAACUUGAGAGUCGAAGAUGUAUACGUUCUUCCGGCUGCCCCUAAAUUGGAGGAUUGCCUUUCUGCUCUCGUUGGAAUUCCGAUGACCCGCCAGGUCAAGCCAUUCUCUGACUCUGUCAGCAUGUUGGACGUCAAGCCAUACCAAAAUGCGCAACUGAAGAUCGCAGAGGCACGCGCUGCGGAACUAGCAGCAUCUGUUGCACCGCUAGUGGCCCUUGCACCCAAGUCCAAGUUCUACAAGUCAACAUCCCUCACGAGUCUGAGCAUCGAGAUUGCGCCCGGCCCUUACCAAUCCGCCUUAUAUGCGAUUGUUCAGGCACUUAUUUACGCCAUUCUUGUCCCUGGAGCACUUAGAGGCAUCCGCAGUGGACGGUCAACUACCCAUGCCCGGAAGAUGCUUCUGGGCACAGCGUUCUUUGUCUUCCAUUCUGCCGGCAUCGUGAUUCUCCAAAACGUGUUAUGCCUGAGAGCGCUCAUCGCCAUCCCGCUGUCUUUGGCUUUGGGUCUUGCCGCAAUGAUGCUGGCACUGAGAAGCGUGGACUCUGUCGAGCACCUCCACAAAGUUCGAGCGCACCUCCCCCACAUGCAGGGAAUGGAAAGAGAGCCCCUUGCAUGGUGUGCGUGCAUGAAACUGUAUUGCAUCUUGCUGGCGAAUAUGUCCUACCACCUCAUUUCAAGCCUGUUGCCAUACCGAUACGGUUUGGCAGGGAUACUUACCGGCAAUGUCAUGUUGGCUGGGUUGCUUUAUUUGGCAUACCUUGUGGCCGUAUCAUCUCUAGUGUUCCAUAAGAUCAAAGAACAUCCUGAUAGCCGAAAAGUGCAAUGCCGCAUUGUUUCCCUCAACUGCGCAUACAUCGCCGCUUCCGGGAUAUCUUUCUACACUAAUCUGAUUGCGGUCUACUGCGGGGUUGGUGACUUCGUCGCACUCGAGCCAGCCGUGUUCUUCACCGCCAACAGGAUCUUUGAGCUUAACUUGGGAACCAUCGUUGCAGUUAUGGCCCUUCUGGCUAUGUGGGGCAUGGCAUACCAUGAGCAAAGUCAAAUGGAUGAGAGCGGAAAGAAUGUGUCUUCGAUGUCUUCUGUGGCUCUGUCUACCCACGAAGAGUCGCGCAGAGCGCUCGAAGAAGCUCUCAACGAGAUGCGCACUGGUGUGUACAAGGAGUGA